UUUAUGACGGUGUGCUAUUAUACAAGUUGCAAAAUUAGUGGUGCGAAUUCUUUCCGGCGUGAUAUUUUCGUGCUGGAAAGACAUUUCCUGGCUCUCCGGUUGAUUCGCCGUGCCCUGAGGCCAGCAGUGCCAGCGAUAAAUCCAAGGCCGACCUGAGAUAACAAAUCCAUCUCGAGAAAACCGCUCCAUUCCUGCAGCAGGCAUCAAAACAAUCGGUUAGCAUAGGUUUCCUUCGCAGUGAGUCUGUUUAGUUCGGAAAAGAAGUCCGAUCCAAGGAUCGCCAUAGCCCUUUGCCGUCGUUGUCGCUGUCGUAGGUCCACAAAGCUAGUAAACAAUGGCCUCACCGUUAGAGCAUUUUGUUAACCAUGUCCGUGCACAAAGUAGCGCAGGAAAUUUUCGCGAACUGGCAGAAUAUUUAGUCGAGUCGAGCGAGCUGGUCACAAAGAACGGCAACAUCUUGGACAACGUCCUGGAAACGUUAGACGUGCAACAGCACUCGCUCGGAGUGUUGUUUGUGCUAGCAGCCAAAUUUAACGAUUCGAGUAAUGUAGACGAAACAGAGAACGUCCUGCGAAGCGUACGGGAAUUUAUCACGCUUUGUAAUGGCGAGCAGGUUCGACAUGCACCACAAGUUUACUAUGAGCUCUGCCAUCACCUCACGAACGCGUUGGUGAAAACCAAACAGCACAUCAUCCAGGGCAUCCACGUGCUGGCGCAGGCGGUCGAAAAGAUCCGCCUGUUCAACAGCCAGCUCACGCCUAUCCAUGCCGACCUCUGCCAGCUGUGCCUGUGCGCGAAGGUGUUCAAUCCGGCGAUACGGGUGCUGGACAUCGACAUCACCGCGAUCGCCACCACCGACGACAACAAUGCGGACACGAAGUACUUCCUACUGUACUACUACUACGGUGGCAUGAUCUACGCCGCGGUCAAAAACUACGAGCGGGCGCUGUACUUUUUCGAGGUGGCCGUCUCGACGCCCGCCCUGGCGAUGUCGCACAUUAUGCUCGAGUCGUACAAGAAGUACAUCCUGGUGGCGCUCAUCCUGCACGGCAAGGUGCUCCCGAUACCGAAGUACUCGUCGCAGGUGAUCACACGGUUUAUGAAGCCGCUGAGCCAUGCGUACCACGACCUUUCUACCGCUUACAAUACCUCGUCUAGCGACGAGGUGCGCAACGUGGUCAACAAGUUUCGCGACGUGUUUCUGCGCGACACCAACAUGGGCCUGGUGAAGCAGGUGGUCGCCUCGCUGUACAAGAAGAACAUACAGCGGCUGACGAAAACCUUCCUCACGCUCUCGUUGGCGGACGUGGCCAGCCGGGUGCAGCUCAGUGGACCGGCCGAGGCGGAAAAGUAUAUUCUCAAUAUGAUCAAAUCGGGAGAAAUCUUUGCCAGCAUCAACCAGAAGGACGGUAUGGUCGUGUUUAAGGAUGACCCGGAACAGUACAAUAAUCAGGAGAUGUUCGACAAGGUGCAGGCAGAGAUUGGUUCUGUGAUGGAGCUGAACAAGCAGGUCCUUAAGAUGGACGAGGAAAUAAUGCUCAACCCAGUGUUUGUUAAAAAAUCGUUCGGCAAUCAAGAAGACGACGGUAUCGGCUGUACUUCGAAAGCAUUCAGCGGUGAUCCAACUGAGUAAAUUUGUUAACGUUUGAAAAAGAAACAAAAUCAAAGAGCGAUACUAGAGGAAAGAUGUAAAACAACGGUAUAAGAAAAACGCGGACAAACAAAAAAAAAAAAAAACAGAAGAAGCAAAGGACUCGUGCGCAUCCCAUCGAAUUGAACAGAUAUCUCAG